AUGACUGCUAUUAAUAGUCGACCGGUACUCCUAAAUCGCUCGGUCGACGACGCUAAUCCGAGUCCGGAGAAGCCAAAGAAGGCGCGAGAAACUGUCGAUGGAACACGACGAAAAGAACCGCCACGACACACUCAGCGCAGCAGCGAAAGGAGCCAUAAAUACGACACAAAGGGCGUCUGUCGCCCGAGCGUUGUUGACCCGUCGCCUGACCAUCAGUGGCACCACAAUCGCUUCCGCAUGGAGACGGACGCUGUACGUACGCGGCAGCGCGGCACAGACGGCACAGCUGUUGCCUAUCAACGCAGCAACGGCCGUCUUCGGACGCUUAGGGAGCGACCGAACGUCGUCGUAGCUGCCCGAACGAGCGUUUGUGGCGAGAGAUUCGACGGCAGUGAGUUAAAGUUCCAACGGGACCGAGUGCGGCUGACGAUCUGGAGACAGGACGAGCGGCGGUGGCACGGCGACGUCCUGCACGCACACAUUCAGCGCCUCUGCUUCUCUCGAGUUGAUGGUCCACCGUAUAUCCUCGUGCUGCACCUUGACGCCGCACAAAGCCGGUCAAGUUUUACUGCUUUUUACGACCCGUUGUUCGCCAAAGUUUGGAAAGAGCACGAGACAAAAGUGCAAGCGGCAUUAAGAAUGUAUGGCGUCGUCUUUUAUUUUGACGAAGCAAUCGACUACAUGCGCUGUCAGAGUAUAGCCGACGGUCAUUCGAGUCUGGCAAGGCUGUCCAGUGAAAGCUUGUCAGACGAUGAGCGACGAAUGUAUUUGAGUUUGGAUGCAUCGAAGACACUGCGCCAUCGACAAAACAGCAAGACGAACGACAACAUGUCCACUGACUGUCAGGGUCAAAGUUUUGCGACGUUGGUUGGCAAAAGCGCCAGACAGGCACUCGGCAGCAUGACUUCCUUCUUCCGUCCUGUUGCUCGGUCGUCUGUCUUGGAGGAGGACGAUAGUGUCUCUGUCGCUCGGGAUCAUGAUGGAUAUAGCCGAGGCCGAGUGCUUUACCUGUCGCGUCAGAACCCCGAAGUAUACUCUCCCAACCUCGAUGAGGAAAAGUUGCCGAUUCCGGUCAACGUUCAUGGCACUGACAAGCAAGAUCGUGGACCAGAUGUCGAUGGCAGUGAUGCACUUGUGGUUAGCACAGCGUGCGACAGGCGUGGCGGUGAGCAAUCUACGAUGACUGAUUUGUCAUGUUGCUUGCAGCCAGAAAAGAAGCAGGAUGAGAAAGAGAAAUGUACGGCAAGAGAAGCGCUAAGCUGUCGGGAAAUUGAGAGGUUGAAACGGAGAAGGAUUGAAAGUCGCCGCAAUGAAGUUUUGCUGGAAUACCCGUACGAUGAGUCGGAUACGCUGGGAAAGAUUAAGGUGACGCUCGGCGAUGUAGACCGACUGGUUCCUGGGGAGUUUCUGAACGACAAUCUGAUUGAUUUUUAUCUCAGAUUCCUCUGGCGACACUUGGACACGUUGCAGCAGCAGCAAAUGUAUUUCUUCACCUCGCACUUUUUCUCUCAAUUGAAUGGCACCAAUGGUGCCCACGAAUUAUCACAAGCUGGUCCCGAUGAACGCUUUGCUCGCGUGGCUCGCUGGACACAGAAGGAAACUGAUCUCUUCGACAAGCGCUUUUUAUUUAUUCCGAUCAACGACAGUUUUCAUUGGAGCAUUGCCAUAAUCUGUAAUCCAGGCUCCGCUAUUAUCAAAAAGCACCAUAAAGUGAAGCGAUGUCGCCGUGUGAUCAAGGAGUCUCACACUCAUGGUCGAGAAGGGGCGACGGUGGAUUUGGUGAAUAAUUGCAGUGGGAUCGGUGCGGGUGAUGAGGGCCCAGGAGUGACCGAUACGGAUGACAGCAUUGUUGCCAACGAGAUCGAAGAAAAAGAGCUGGACUCGUGUCAAGUUGAUCGGCUGGCGUACCCACCUUGCCUCUUGUUUCUGGAUUCACUUCGGUGUCACCGAAAGAAGAAGUUUACGAAAAUGCUGCGAAACUAUCUGGAGUGUGAAUACAAAGCCCGUUUUGCCUCCAGUUCUGCUGACGUCAUUUUGCAGCGACCAGCUACAUUUGGUGCUAAUGAUGAUGGUGAACAGGAGACCGUCGUAACGGUCUUCGAUUCGGACAGCAUCGUUCUUUAUGAACCCACCAUCCCACUGCAGACGAAUAGCUCGGACUGCGGAGUCUUUCUUCUUAUGUACGCAUUGUUAGUUGUACGUUUAUUUCCGUUCGGAGUGACCCGUGAAGACCUGGAAAACAACUUGGCGUCGACGCUGACACCAGAAAUGUUUCGCGAAGAGCACGUCCUGGAGUUUCGUGAGUACUUGCAGCAAGUCCUCUUUUGUCUUCAAUGUUUGGAAAAGCAUGGCCGUCCUGAGCAGGAUAUAAAGGAAGAGGAACUUGAGUCGUUUGCGAUUGAGUAA